CUACGUAAGCCUGCCAACAACCGUGAUCCAUCGAAUCUCCAAACAAAAAAUGGCGAUGUCGAAGCGGCGAAAGCAGCUCUCCAACGAGGAAGAAAGCGAAGGAUCCGACCACUCAAACAACAACAGUGACUCGGAGGAAGAUGAAUUCAUUGACACCGAAGUGAACGUCGACUUCGAGGCUCGCACUCCGGACGACUCGGACUUCCACGGCAUCAAGCGCCUCAUGCAGCAGUUGUUCCUCAAGGCACGUGUCAACCUCACCGAUCUCACCAACCUCAUCUUGGAGCAAAACUUCGUGUCGAGCGUCAUCAAACAAUGCGACGACGAGAUGGAGGACGAAGAAGAAAGCAUGGAAGACACAGAGGACGGCGUCUUCGGCGUCAUGAGCGUCGUGAACGUCACCGAGAUGAAGCAGCGCGAAUGCGUCGGACAGAUCGUUUCCAUGCUGCGCGACCACUGCCGCACUUCGGCCAGCGGGCUGCUGUCCAAGUUUGACGAGUACUUCGCGGCCGAUAAGUGCCAGCUCGGCCUGAUCUUGAGUGAGCGCUUUGUAAAUAUCCCGCCGCGGAUCGCGGUCCCGCUGUACGACUCGCUAACGCGCGACGUCGAGUCCGCAAAGGGCGCCGGCAAAAAGUUCGACUUCUCGCACCUCUUGCUCAUCUGUAAACAGUAUCGGCCCUCGGGGAACGAGCAAGGCGCGAUCUUCGCCAACGCCGAAGAAGAGCUGUUCGAGGAAGAGGCCGAGUUGCAGUUCGAGUACAGCGUGACGACAGAGACGGACACUGCGGUCGCGGGCGACUGGAAAGAGGACGACGCCGAAAUGACGCAGAUUCGCAAGAUCCUGGUCAUUCCCACCAGCAAGUGGGGCCGGAUAAUGGACAAGCUGAAGUCCGCGCUUCAAUAAAUUACUACUUACGGGUUA